UUUAAUAUAACAUUUCCAAUUAAACAAUUUUUAAUACAAUAUGGAACAAUUCACAAAUUUUCUUCUCCAUUACGACAUCAGGACGAUUCUGGUGUUUUCAUUUAUCUUCUAACCGGACAAACUUUUGUUUCAGUUUAUGAUGAAUAUAAAAAAAAUUUUUAUCUUACUCACGACCAAUCAGAAAAAAUCAUUUCUUAUUUUACCUUUAGAAAAUUAUGGCAUGAAAUGGUUUCUAAUCUUCAAUUUCAACCACGUGCAAGCAAUCUUUGUGAAGUUUGCUCUUCUUUUAAAGCUAAAUUGUUAGUUGCAAA